AUGCCUAUUAUGUCCUAUAACGGAGGAGCCAUCGUGGCCAUGAAGGGGAAGAACUGUGCGGCCAUCGCUGCAGACAGGCACUUUGGGAUCCAGGCCCAGAUGGUGACCACGGACUUCCAGGAGAUCUUUCCCAUGGGUGGUUGGUUGUACAUCGGUCUGGCUGGGCUUGCCACUGAUGUCCAGACAGUUACCCAGUGCCUCAAGUUCCGGCUGAACCUAUAUGCGUUGAAGGAAGGUCAGCAGAUCAAACCUUAUACCUUCACGAGCAUGGUGGCCAGCCUCUUGUAUGAGAAACAUUUUGGCCCCUGCUACACUGAGCCAGUCAUUGCUGGUUUGGACCUGAAGACCUUUAAGCUCUUCAGUUGCUCUCUAGACCUCAUCGGCUGCCCCAUGGUGACUGAUGACUUUGUGGUCAGUGGCAGCUAUGCCGAACAAAUGUACAGAAUGUGCAAGUCCCUCUGGGAACCCAACAUGGAUCCAGAACACCUGUUUGAAACUAUCUCCCAAGCCAUGCUGAAUGCUGUGGACUAG